CUUGGCGUAGAAGAGGAGUGAAACGUGGGUGCUUGUGGGUAGGACGUCCAGGUCAGCCAUAUUGUCUUCUCUAGCCGCUUGAAGGAGAGUAAAAGAGAGAGGGAGAAUGAAGGGGAUCAGGGGAAUAAGCCAGCUCUCGAGGAGGCUGUAUGCAGCACAGGCUGCCUGUAAGGCUGAGGUUUCCGAGGCGCUCAAGUUUGUGCCACAGGAGGUGCAGGUGAGCAAAUUGCCCAGUGGUUUGGUGAUUGCUUCCCUGGAGAACUAUUCCCCAGCCUCUCGUAUCGCUGUCCUUGUGAGGGCUGGUAGUCGUUAUGAGCCACAUGACAGCCUGGGUGUCACGCACUUGCUCCGUCUGGCCAGCGGCCUGACUACCAAAGGAGCCUCUGCGUUCAGGAUCUGCCGUGGCAUUGAGGCGGUCGGAGGAAGUCUGGGAGUGUCUACAACCCGAGAAACCAUGGCCUACACUGUGGACUGUUUGAGAGAUCACAUUGAUACAGUCAUGGAGUAUCUGAUCAACGUGACCACCGCACCAGAGUUUCGCACAUGGGAGCUGUCCGAGCUCACUCCCAGGGUGAAAGUGGACAAUGCCCUCGCCAGCCAGAACCCACAGAUUGGUUUGCUCGAGAGUCUGCAUGCUGCUGCUUACAAGAACGCCCUUUCAAACUCUCUGUACUGCCCAGAGUACAUGGUGGGCAAAAUCACCUCGGAUCAGCUGCACGCCUUCGUUCAGAACAAUUUCACAAGCGCAAGAAUGGCGCUCGUUGGACUUGGUGUGGACCAUGCUGUUCUCAAACAAGUAGGAGAGCAGUUCCUCAACAUCCGCAGUGGAGCAGGCACUGUCGGCUCAAAGGCCCUAUACCGAGGAGGUGAGCUGCGUACUCAGACAGGAGGCAGCCUCGUGCAUUCGGCUGUCGUGUGUGAAAGUGCAGCGAGUACCUCCGCCGAGGCUGUAGCUUUCAGCGUGCUGCAGCAUGUCCUGGGAGCUGGACCACACGUCAAGAGAGGUUCCAACGCCACCAACAAACUCAGCCAGGCCAUUUCCAAGGCUACAGCUUUGCCCUUCGAUGCCUCUGCAUUCAACACCAGUUACUCUGACUCCGGGCUGUUCGGCGUGUACACCAUCUCCCAGGCUGAUGCAGCUAGAGAUGUGAUCAAGGCUGCUGUUGGCCAGGUUGGUGCAAUUGCACAAGGAAACCUGGCUGCACAGGAUCUCAGCAGAGCCAAAACUCAGUUGAAGACUGAGUACCUCAUGUCCAUCGAGACAUCAGAGGGCUUGUUGGAAGCUAUCGGGAUGCAGGCAUUGACCGAGGGCACGUACCAUACUCCAGAGGCAAUAAGCCAAAAAAUCGAUGCAGUGUCUUCAAACGAUGUUGUCAAUGCGGCGAAAAAAUUCAUGUCUGGGAAGAAGUCAAUGGCUUCCAGCGGACAUCUGGUUAACACACCAUUUGUGGACGAAAUCUAAAUGUCCUUGUGUUGCUCUAAUUAUUUUGUCAACCCUUAUGUAACUGUUUAUUAGGAAAAAAAAUCCACAAAAAGACCACGGUUCCAGCACACGUACUGUCACAACGGGAAGAUGCCGUCUGCUCCGCUCUACAUUGAAACAUCUUGUGAGAAAACAAAAAAUACAAGAUUCAAUUCUUGUCCAUUUAAAAUGUAUAGCACAUGUAAACUAAUCAAUAAAGUCUAUUAAAAAAUGUAAA